AUGAUCAAAGUUUGUUUUUUUAUGCGUUUUAUUAUAGAUAUGGCUAAUUCCACAUAUUUAUCACCUAGUGUUCGAGAAUUAUUAUUAAGUGUAUCGUCAGUGACAAAUUAUAAAGAGAAUGAUCAAGAUCAAUUAUCAAUCGAUAAAAUUCGACAAUGUUUAAGUGUAGGAGAAAUGGGAAUUGAUUAUCUAGAAUCUGUUCGUCGAUUGGAUAUGAAGAUAUUACCUCAAAUUGAAUAUAUGUUUAAUCAAAUGACAAUUGAACAAUUUAAAUCUUAUUAUGAUAAUGAUUAUUAUUGUAGAUGGUUGAAAAAUAGAAAAGAUUUAUUUCGAAUAUUUAAUUUUUUUAAAACUAAUGAAAUUCAUUUAGCAACACUUCUUUUAACUUGUUUUACUGAACGUAAUCUUGGAAAUUUACUUUUACUACAAAUAAAUAUAGUGCCAAAUCUUCUUAGACAAAUUGUUGAAUCAUCAAGUCUUUGUACAAUUCUUGGUUCAGAUUUAACUUUACUCUUACAAUUACUAAUUGGUAGUCCUAAAUCAAUCAAUUUACGUAAUGUCUAUUGGCAUGGAUUUGUUCAAUAUAAUGAAGUCUCACCAAAAUUUACUUAUUUUCUAUUGUAUCUUAUUUUACAAAUUGAACCUAUUCUUAAUGGAAAAGUUAUACCUGAACGACAAUUUAUUUCAUUUGAUCGUUUUAUAAAUCAUAAUUUUCUUCCUACAGAUAUAUGUUGUCCAAAUGCAGAUACAGCGAUUAAAUUAAUUCAAAAUAGUCAUUUAAUAGAUAAUGGUUACAAACCAUUAUUAAUAUCAAGUAUUGAUUAUUUCUUUCAUCGAAAUGAAUAUGGUUUGAGUAUGAUACUUCUAUUACCUGUAUUCGAGCAUCUAUUACGAAAAUUAUUUGUUAAUGCUAAUAAUUGUCCAGAACGCUUGUUAACAGCUGAAGCUACAACAUUAUAUACUACUUUAGAUGAAAUAUUAACUUGCUGUUUACCAGAUGGUUCACCAAAUCGUCUUUGUGAUAAACUCGGUCGAGGUUAUAUGAGUCUUCUAGGUGAUUUAAUUACAUUUCCGGAUGGUGUUUGUCUUCGAUCAAAAUUAAGUCAUGGUGAAACUGAUUAUGAAUGUCUUCCGCGAUCAAUUUCCGAUGCACAAUUAGGUCUUUUAUUUAUAUUACUCUAUCGUUAUGAUAAAAACAAAUUGGAUAAAUAUGGACAAAGUCUACUUGAUUAUAUAAAUAAUUAUAAAGUUUAUUAUCAUCCAAUUGCUAUUGCUAGAAAUCAAAUCUGUCAAUGUGUUAUUGAAUUUAAACAAAUGCCUGAACGUUCUACAUUAACCGAAGAAGUAGAAAUAGAAACAACUGAUUUUACAAUUCAGUUAACUAAUUUUUGGCUAUUAUUUAUCUCUCCUGAUAAAUUGUUUUUAUUUAAUAAUAUAUCAUUACAAACAAUAGAUAUAUUAUUAAAUGAAGACAAUAUAAAUCUAAUUAAUCGAUAUUGUACUUGUAAAUUAACAACAACUGGUUAUAAUGAACAAUCAUUAAUAAUAAUAAUUCGUCAAAUAUGUACUCACAUGCAUCAAAUAUUUGUUAAUAUUGAUAUUUUUAUAAAAACUCGUGGGCAAGCUUAUCAUUCGAAACAAUUACGAUCAAAUCAACGUAGUAAUUUUGAACGUUUUACUAAUAUUUAUAAUAAUGUUCGUCAAACAAUUUUAUUUAUCUGUCAUCUCAAUGCAAGUAUUAUUUUCUCAUUAGAUAAUAUUCGUUGUAUAGAUUUAAAAUAUUCUUCAUUAUUAAUGAAACUUCUACGAAUAUGGUUAACAUUUGUUGAAAAUACAGUUACUUUAUCACAUAUAACACGAAAUCGAUGGGAUGAAAUAGCUGCUUUAUAUUCAACAUCGAUCGAAAAAUCAACAAAAGUUAUACUCAAAUUGUGA